CAGACACUGAGAAAUCUGGACCUUUGACAGUGUACGACCUAAAGGAAUAUAAGGAUUUGAUAGUUGUAGCUUCCUUGCAAUUAAUUUUAUGGUAUUGGUACCUCUUGCUUUUUCUGUGGAUUUAGAUCAAGAAACACUAUGAGCACAGCUCAACGAAAGCGCCGUGGAGGAGCAGUUAAUUCUAGGCGAGUUCGGAAACGAAACAGGCUGAUGGCUUCUACCGCAGAAAUGGCUUCAGAAGCAGAGCCAAUAGAACUUGAAGAAAGUGAGAACCAACGACAAGGGAGAAAUCUCAGAUUAAGAAGCCAGCGACAGUCGGACAGCUGUGUACUGAGUAGCGAUGAUGAAGAUGAAACAAGAGACAAUGAUGUGUAUGUGACAGAUAAAGUAUCUCGAGAAUUGGGACCACUGGAAGAUGAAACUGCAAGUUCAAAGCCGUCUGGUACCGUUAGCUGCCCGAUUUGCAUGGAUGGCUACUCAGAGAUUGUGCAAAGUGGACGACUGAUUGUGUCAACCAAAUGCGGCCACGUCUUCUGCAGCCAGUGCCUCCGUGAUUCCCUUAGGAAUGCCAACUCUUGCCCAACCUGCAGGAAGAAACUCACUCACAGACAAUAUCAUCCCAUUUAUAUAUGAGUACUUCUAUUUCUCAGGACAGACUCAACUGGAUUUUGGGGGAAAAUGUCAUGUUUUCAGUGCUCUGAAGACUUAAAGAGCAGCAGGUUGUGCACGCAUCCAAAUAAAACUGUUUUUUUUGGAGAAUGACUUGUACAUAUAUAGACAGCUUUUUUUAUGGUCCAAGCUGCUUCUUGUUAUGUCCCUGGUUAUAACGUUAAACUGAUGACUGUCUCUAAACUAGACCAGCAGCCUACACCAGAAGGGAAGCAGCUAAUCCAUUUCCUUCUACUUUUUUAAUGCUUAAACAAGAGGGGUCUGAAUAUUUUGCUAUUUCUUACUCUUUAAAUUAUUCCCACCGUCGCAUCCAGGUACGGAAUAGUUACCUUGCAACACAGAGGUGAACAAGUUGCCAUUUCAUUGCACUUUUGUUUUUAUCCUGUAAGAAGCUCAUGACUAUAUUGCUUUCUGCUAUACCAUCUUUGCCCAAGUAGAGUAAGUUCUGGAACGAUGGGUCGUUUUCUCUUGAAUCAAUAUUAAAUUGACAACCAGGGUCAUGCAAUAAAAUAACCUGCUGUUAACCAGCAAUCAGGUUUUUUUAAGCAGAAGGCUUGAACAUGUAGAUGUCUUUUAUGAACUCCAUGAGAUCUAAAGUACGUAGAAAAGUUGCAACAUGUCAGUGUGCAAAUACUUCUUUGAAUGUUCUAACUGCCAAGAAUUCCUGUAUUUGAAUCACAACACUGAAUUUAUUUUCUAACAGGAUGAGAUGGUCUCUUGGGUUUACUACUGUUCUAUAGUGCUCUCGCCUGAUAACUAAGGAGAAUGUAGUCUUCUCUAGGCUUGCUUGCUAGUGAUGAAUAAGAAGCAAAUUGUAUGCUUUCCUCUUGUCAGCUGAAUACCAAACUACCUACAGGUCUUCUUACUGUAUCAAGUGUACGCAGCGUAAUGCUUAAAGUUCAGUAUGUUCACUUUGCUGUUCUCUUCAGUUGUUACACUGACACCUGACUGGUUUUAGCCUGGUGCAUAGGAUUAAAAAAUAAAUAAGUGUAUUGCCAUGGAUUUAGGAAGCGGAGGCUUUAAAAGAUGUUUGGUAGCAAUCUGGACUUGGCAGCUUUUUGAGAGAGAAGUUUAAUCUCCCUUUGCCCUGAGGGUUGUCCAGCUUUCUUUAAAUGUGCAUUUUUAAAAAAGAAGGAAGUCAGAUACAUGUCCUAGGAGAGAGCAUUCCUCUGUUGAAGCAAGGCAGGAAUACACAGGUUUAUGAACUGUUACCCAGUCACUUUUGGGUUUUUUCCAGGACUGAGGUACAAAUGUCUGCUUUAAACCUGUUACAGCUAAAAUCUGCAAGCUGAUGUGGAAUCCCAGAUGAGGUGAUACAAACAGGAUUAUAGUAAUUAAAAGUGUAGAUGAGGUGAUUGAAAUCAGUAUUUUAGGAUCCACAUAUGUAGUAACUGCAUCUAUGAAGGUUGAAAUUCGGUCUGUAAAAAAAAAAAAAAAAAAAAAAUCAAAAUUAAACUUCGGGUGCCUUUUGGCAGUUGGUUGAUUAUGAAAACCAUCAGCAGCACCAUUCUGUGCUCUGGUGCAGCUCAAUUGUAGGAUGUGUUUAGUUAACGUUGAUAUCUGAUGUGUCUUUGCUAGCCUGUCCUAGGGAUCUGUAGGAAGCUGUUAAUUGAAGCACCUCUUCUAAUUAGCUGUCUCAAGUUCUUUAUUGAAGAUUGCAACCCAAAAGUAAAGCGGUUUUUUUUUUUUUAUUAGGAUGUUUAGGGAUGUGUCUGGAUGUAGUAAUACAGACAAAGGCUAGCUUAAACACAAUACCUUCCGCACCCUGGUUUGGAAUAGCUUUCGUUUGGCCCUGUUACCAGGAAUACACCGUUUCUGCAGUGUGGUGAUAUGGUAACUACUAAAAUGUUACACACGUUGAGUUACUGUGUGCUCCUAUUGGUCAUAUAAACUACAGGCAACUACAGCAGUCUUAGGAUAGUGCGGUGACAACAGCGGCUGGAAUUUGGGUCCCAAAAACCA